AUGUCUCCGACAAGAACUCACGACAACGAUUUGGAACGUAUCGUUGACGGAAGAAACUUCUCAGGAAUGACAAACGGAUCAGGGCUAAACAUAACGGCAGCGAAACCUACCGUUGCUGUUACCACUGUCAAUCCCGACAAGCACAACAUAGUCGCCACCGUAUUAGAAGGCGAAAAUUUUUCAGGUACCAGCGAUGCUUUUGUUCUUUGCAGUUUGUCGGUUCGAUUUGGACCAAAGUCACAUAGACCCUUACAAAGAAUUGUUUGUUUUUUAACACGCUGCGCGAUAGUAAUGACGCUUCACCAAGCAGCUCAACAAGGGAAUCUGCAUAUAGUGAAGUGCAUGCUAGAAAGUGGACAAGCUAAGGCAAACGACCGAGAUUCGCAAAAUACAACCCCAUUACAUUGGGCAGCCAUUAACAAUCACGUUGAGGUGGCAAAGCUUUUGAUCGACAAUGGAGCGGAAGUAGACUCUUUGGGUGGGGACUUAGUUGCCACUCCGUUACAUUGGGCGGCAAGGAAUGGUCAUUUGCCCGUCGUCACACUUCUGAUCAAUCACGGAGCUGAUCCCAAGAUACGAGAUUCACAAGGAUUUAAUGGACUACAUCUCGCCACGCAUUCCUCCAACUCCAUGCUAAUUCUUUACCUGAUCUACCAAGAUAUGGACAUCGAUAUCCCGGACACUCUGCAACAUACACCCUUAAUGUGGGCAGCCUAUCAGGGUGAUGCAACGAGCGUGGAUCUGUUCAUCCGACUUGGGGCGUCCCCUAAUAGUGUUGACUCGGCGCAAUUUACACCUUUGCAUUGGGCUGUCAUCAAAGGAAACUCACUGUGCAUAAGAAAACUGAUAGAAGGCGGUGCGGAUAUUAAUGCCAAAGAAGAGAAUGGAAAGACGACUUUCGAUCUCUCCCGGGAAAUGAAGUCCGAUAGAAUACUGGAGAAGGCAUUGAUCGAAUCAGGAAGGAGAAAAGACGGAAAGAGAAGACCUUAUCUGUUUGAAAAGGGCGCAGUUGCCAGACGCGAUGAUGAGAACUCCUUAUUUCACAAGUUUAUUUCAAGCGAGCGCAUUUUGGGUCGGGCUCACCUGGAUGCACAAAAUUUUGCUUGGUAUUCACGCUUUAUAUUGACAUCAUAUCUAUUUAUCGCAAACAUAACAUUCGUAACCUCUUAUCUCGUGGCAAUGUAUUCAUUCUAUACGGCUGUGUUGGCCGAUCCCGGCUUUGUUUCCAAAUUACGAUCUCGAGAAGAUCAAAAGAAGCUUAUAACGGACCUUGCUAACAAAGGAAUGUUGGAUGCCAGACACCUCUGCAUCACAUGCCUGGAGUACUUACAGAAUGAAUUUGUUAUUAUUCCCCCCGUAGAUUUCAUGAUCUCGGCACCCGAGUACGCACCAACUCCAUCAGAAACCUGCCUUUUGAACAGCACCCUGUGUGGAUUCUUUCAUUAUGAUUCGUGGACAGCUGUGCUAUGUAUCUGGAUUGGACUGCAGCUCACUUGGACCAUAGGAUUAUUAUGCAUGCAAAGCUUCCAAAUUGCUUCGGCAAAAACCACCAAUGAGAUGGCAAAUUUCCAUCGGUACUCGUAUUUCGGAAAUCGUACGGGUGGAAAUGUGCGAGAACAAAUUAUGGCCACAUUAGCUGCCGGGCCUGGUGCAAGCGGAGCAGCUCAAGUUGGCGAUAACAGUAAUGGUGACGGAGUAGAUGGCUUUGGCGAUCAUGCUCCGCGUGGUAACCAUGGUCAUGCCUCGGGACUUUUGAGAAUGUUUGGUGGUCGAGAGGGCACAAAUCGGAGAAACAGCG